GCCGAUCCAAGCUUGACAAUGUUGAAUAAGAUAGAGCCCAUGCAUCUUCACAAUGUGAAUAUACGGCUAUGGGAGUUAUCGUUUCAAUCAGCUACUGCCGUCCAAAUCCAUCACUCGUCGACGACCAUUAGUUUUUCUCAAUCAAGCUCUCCAUCUCAAUCUAUCCCUUCUUCACAGUCGAGGGCCCAGCAGGCGACUGGUAUUACUGAAUCGCCGGAUGAACACACAAACCUGCAUGGCUAUGGCUCCGCGUCAGCAUCAGAAGGAGAAACCUCCGUCUUGUCACCUUUAAGGUCUCCAGACAAAGACAUCUCAAAGGACCGCGACAGCAAACCAAGAAAGCAUGCCAAAAGAAAGUCAAAAGUGGUGUCGCGAAGAAGAAAGACCACAGGCGUUUAAAUUGACACUGCGGUGGAAGGACAGUGACUGGCUGAAGCUUCAACGAUUGGCUUGACAAGCAACCGAGAAAGAGUGAAAAUAGAGGGCAAAGCAUAGUAGGAGGAAACUACUUUUGGACAGCUUAAUACUUG